CUCCCUCUCCAGUUCUAUGGAGUCCCCGCCGGUAUUAGCGAGCACUUUGUGCCUGCUCUUCUGCCUGAGCUCAGUUUUCAGCAUUGGCGUGGACCCUUCGGUGCAGAUUGAUGUGCUGAGCGAGUUGCAGUUGGGGGAUUCUGUGGCUGGAGUGCGGCAAGUUCAGGGACUGCACAACGGCAGCAAAGCUUUCUUCUUCCAAGGAGCUGCAAGAAAUAUAAAAGUAUCUCCAGAGAAAGCUGAACUUUUUUUUCAGAAACUGAGAAAUAAACAUGAAUUUACCAUGUUGGUAUCUCUCAAACAAACUCUCUUAAAUUCAGGUGUUAUUUUUUCUGUUCAUCAUUUAGAUCACAGGUACUUGGAACUAGAAAGCAGCGGCCAUAGAAAUGAAAUUAGAUUGCACUAUCGUUCAGGAAACCAUCGUUCACACACAGAAAAAUUUCCUUACGUUUUGGCAGAUGACAAAUGGCACAGGCUGUCCUUAGCAAUCAGUGCAUCACAUUUGAUUUUGCAUGUAGACUGCAAUAAAAUAUAUGAGAGAGUGGUGGAAAAACCAUAUAUGGAUUUACCAGUUGGCACUACAUUUUGGUUGGGACAAAGGAACAGCGCUCAUGGUUUUUUCAAGGGCAUAAUGCAAGAUGUGCAAUUUCUUAUCAUGCCUCAAGGAUUUAUCUCUCAGUGCCCAGAUCUUAAUCGCACAUGCCCAACGUGUAAUGACUUCCAUGGUCUUGUGCAGAAAAUAAUGGAGCUGCAGGAUAUUUUAGCCAAAACAUCUGCAAAGCUGUCCCGAGCUGAGCAGAGGAUGACUAAGUUGGAUCAGUGCUAUUGUGAAAGAACCUGCACUAUGAAAGGCAUCAGUUACAGAGAAUUUGAAUCUUGGACAGAUGGCUGUAAGAACUGCACUUGCCUGAAUGGUACUAUCCAGUGUGAAACAUUGAUUUGCCCACUUCCUGAUUGUCUUCCUAAUUCUGCACCUGCAUAUGUAGAUGACAAGUGCUGCAAGGAAUGUCAACCAAUCUGUGUGUUUGAAGGCAAAACCUAUUUUGAAGGAGAAAGACAAUCAGUAUAUUUAGACUCAGAGGUCUGUAUUCUGUUUGAAUGCAAGAAUUACAAAAUGCAACGUACAAUGGAGUCAAAUUGUCCUGCUUUGAACUGUCCUGAGUCUGAACAAAUAUCCUUAUCUAAAAGUUGUUGCAAAAUUUGUAAAGGCCACAAUUUUUGCUCUGAAGGACAUAAGUGUUUAGAGAAUUCUUUUUGCCAAAAUGUUGAAGAAAAGUCAGUUUGUAGCUGCCGAGAUGGUUUCCGAGCUCUUCGAGAUGACAGUGCAUACUGUGAAGAUAUUGAUGAAUGUGCUGAAGGGAGGCAUUACUGUCAGGAAAAUACCAUGUGUAUCAACACACCAGGAUCAUUUAUAUGUGUCUGCAAAACAGGUUACAUCAGAAUUGAUGACUAUUCUUGUACAGAGCAUGAUGAAUGCCUCACCAACAAACAGAACUGUGAUGAAAAUGCACUGUGUUUCAAUACUGUAGGAGGACAUAACUGUAUUUGCAAACCAGGUUAUACUGGAAAUGGCACCAUAUGCAAAGCCUUUUGCAAGGAUGGUUGUAGAAAUGGUGGAGUUUGCAUUGCCUCCAAUGUCUGUGCCUGUCCACAAGGAUUUACAGGCUCAAGCUGUGAAUCUGAUAUUGAUGAAUGUUCAGAUGGCUUUGUUCAGUGUGACAGCCGUGCCACCUGUAUUAACCUACCUGGAUGGUACCACUGUGAGUGCAGGGAUGGUUACCACGAUAAUGGCAUGUUUUCAUCUAGUGGAGAAUCAUGUGAAGAUAUUGAUGAAUGUGGAACUGGGAGGCACAGCUGUGCCAAUGACACGAUUUGUUUUAAUUUGGAUGGAGGCUAUGAUUGUCGAUGCCCUCAUGGAAAGAACUGCACAGGAGACUGUAUCCAUGAAGAGAAGAUCAAACACAAUGGACAAAUCUGGGUGUUGGAAAAUGAUAAAUGCUCCAUUUGCUCUUGCCAAACUGGCUAUGUAAUGUGCCGACGGAUGGUCUGUGACUGUGAAAAUCCCACUGUUGAUUUAUUUUGCUGCCCUGAAUGUGAUCCAAGGCUGAAUAGUCAAUGUUUACAUCAAAGUGGGGAGAUUGUAUACAAUAGUGGGGAUACAUGGGUUCAAAACUGUCAACAGUGCCGAUGUUUCCAGGGAGAGGUUGACUGCUGGCCUUUGUCUUGUCCUGAGAUGCACUGUGAAUUCAGCAUACUCCCUGAGAAUGAGUGUUGCCCACAUUGUGUCAUUGAUCCUUGUCAUGCAGACACCAUUAAAAAUGAUAUCACCAAGACUUGUCUGGAUGAAAUUAAUGUAGUCCGAUUCACUGGAUCAUCCUGGAUCAAGCAUGGCACAGAAUGCACUCUCUGCCAAUGCAAGAAUGGGCAUAUUUGCUGCUCUGUAGAUCCACAGUGUCUGCAAGAACUGUGAACACAGUAUCAUAACCCUGGACAAUUUAUGUUAAAGUAUAGGGACUUUAACAUAAGGACUUUCAAACCAAAAAUUAAUAAGCCAAACCUGGAACAACAUUAAUUUGAUACAAUUACAGUGCAGAAAUGCUAUGAAUUGAAUGAGAUGUCUAGUUCCUCAGACUGAAUGAAAUGUGUAUGAUUAGGAAAAAGUUCAGAUGUAUAAAUCUAUGUUUUGAUGUGAGGUUCAAGUUCUGGUUUAUGUUUGUGUUUGACAUCAUUAUGAUACUGGACUACUUAAAAAAAUGACAUGCAAAUAAAGAUGUCAAAAUCUUCAAGAAGGGAAAUGCUUACUAAAGUUUUGAAACUGCACCUCAUAUAUGGCCAAAAUAUAUAUUUUAAUAUAACUUCUCUUGUCUAUAUCAAUUUGUUUGAUUGAUAACUGUAAGAAUCCCGAAAGUUAUAUAAAAGGGUAUUGUUUGGAAACACAUAAUUUUUUUGCAAUGUAUCUACAGCUAUGAAAAAAUCCUUUAACUGUAAAAAUAAUGCAUGAUUGCAUAAUGUUUUCUUAUGAAAAAACCAUCUGUAUUUCCUCAUUUGAUUGCAUUUCUUGAUUGAAUUUGUCCAGU